AUGGCCCGCGACGCCAGCCUCGACCUGCCCAUCGCCCUGCGGCGUGCCCGACGUUCCUCAAGUCUUCAUGCAGCCAGCCUGCUGUCGAGUCCGGCCUCGCAAACAAAGACGGCAACCCCAAAGCCAACGAUUCAGCCUCGACACAAUAACAAACCCUCCUCCCCCAGGUCCCCUAGACCCAGAUCCCGAGCUACGACGCCAGCCCGCACGCCUUCGAGGAGACCCAGCUCGAGCUCAGGUACAGCGUCACGCUCACGCAGCAAACAUGUCCGCUUCUCCGAUCCCGGCCUACUCAAGACUCCCCGAUCGGAGGGGGAUUCUAUCGUUGCGGCGACGGGGUUGACGCCGUUCCUCAAGCGCACUGCCUUGAACUCGCCCAGCAAUGCCAGACGUCAUUCGACUCCAGCUAGGUUACUACGUGCCGCCGACAGCACCGGCAUACCGUACCUCGACCCAUCCGACUGCGCGUCCCCGUUCGGCGGGGAAGUGACCUUCCUUCCGCUCAGGCAGGUCCUGGAUGGGAGGAUCAAAAGGAGGAUUAGAAGGAAUGGGCUGAGUGAGGAGAUGAAUGCCAUCCUGGCAGAGAAGAGGCGACGGAAGAGGGACGAGAAGAAAGAAAUCGAGAGACUAAAGGAAGAGCUAGCGCAGAAGGACGCUGAGAUCCAGAGGUUGAGCGAUGAGACGUUGGUGGUGGAUGUUGAAAAGGUGUGGAGACUAGAGAGGACGAUUGAGAGGUUGCGCGAGGAGCUGGAGAAGAGGGGGUAUGUUGAGCCAAAGAGUCCACGACGGGAGGAGGAGACGUCGACAAUGGAGAUUGAGCCCUCAAGUCUACGUCGUAAUUCGAGCGCAUCAACUAUAGAGCUCGACCCCUCCAGCCCCAGCCAAACCGACUUCCCCCCCCUCACCGACGCCAUGUCUAUGGACGACCAAGACGACUUUGGCGACACAACCAUCGCCGACCUCGACUGCGGCACGCCGACCCGCCGCCUCAGCUCCUCCUUCCCGACACCCCCGGCAACCAGCAGCCCGACGCCCCCUGAACUCCCCACACCCUCCAAACGCCUCUCCCUAGCCGAUGACACCCGCUGCGACGCAUCCGCCCAAGUUUCUCUCCCCGACCCCGAGAAGCAAGAACUCCGCGACAAGCUUGCCUUGCUGCAACUCGACAUCGACAAGCUGACUCAGUCCCUAGAAGACUAUGCCGACCUGUUCACCCGUCUCUCGUGCAGACUCGCCCCGUUCGGAAAAGAAGCCGGAGGGCAGCCAACCGACCUCGAAGCCCGUCUUGCAGCCCUCCUCGACACACUGCACUCGCAGACGGCGACACUCGCGUCCCUGGACGCGUCACUCAAGACGCUUGGUUUCCCAGGGUCGGAGCCAAAAGAAAUCAUUGAUUCUUUGCGCGCGAGCUUCAGGACGGCUCGGCUUGAGCUUGAGUACCUCACUCCAGGGGAGAUCCCGUUACCCCUGACGGCUGAGAGCGCAAAGGUGCUGGAUUUGCUGCUUAGUCGGCUGAGAGAGCUCACGCAGAGGUGUAACAGGGAUGAGGAGGAGGUUGAGAUGUUGAGGGAGAGGGAAAGAGAACUGAGGGAGCAACUCUCUGCGAGGGUUGAUGCGAUGGAUGCGCUGGCGGAGAGAUUGGCUGUCAAAGAGAGGGAGUUGGGCGAAAGGGAUGCACGGAUAGAAGAGUUGGAGCGGGGGAGGGAGAAACUGCGGUUGGCUGUGGAACGCUACGCGGCGGAUCUUGCCGCCGUGGAAGCUAAAGUCCGGGCGCUGGAAGAGUCUGGUGCCGAAAAUAACGCGACUAUCACCCAACUGCGCGAGGCUCUUGCCGCCGCAGAAAAGAAAGAAUCCGCCCUGCGCGAAGAACUCUCCUCCCUCCAAUCGGCGCACGAACGCCUGCUAGCCGAACACCAGCUCGCGAUGGAGGAUCUAGUCCGGCGGCAUGGCGAGGAGAUUGCUUCGCGCGACGAGCGGAUUGUUGCGCUGCAGAAGGAGUUGGAGCGAGUGGAGGAGAUGUUGACGGAUGUGCAGGAGAAUGUGGUAAAGAGGUUGGAGGAAGAAAAUAAGGCUUUGGAAAAAGAAAGGGAUGGGGCGAGGGAGGUUGUGGUUGGGAUGAGGAGGGAGUUGGUCAGGGUUUUGGGAAUGGGGGAUUUGUUUUUGAGUGGGACAGCGCAGCAGACGGCAAAAAGGGGGGUUGGUGAAGAGAAUGAGACUGCAGAAGGGGAGAUGGAAAGGGAGAGGAAGAGAAGGAAGGCCGUCCGUGAGGAGGCAGGCUGCUGA